AAAGAUCGACAACACGUCUUUCAGAUCCAACGUCUUAUUGGCUGGUUCUAACAGAAUUCUCCAAUAUACCGUAUCGAAGUGAAGUGUGCCAAAUUGCGGCGAAUUGUGCGGUUAAAAGAAAAACGCCGAUUUACUACACAUGUAUGAUCGAUCUAUUAUACCUAUGUGGCGUACUCAAGGCCACUCGAAUAGUUGCGUUCGAAAUUGUUUUGGAGGCUCAAGAAUCGAGCGCAAUGUCACGUGCGUCAUGGCGUCCAGCCUGCUACGAACUUGUGGAUUGCUACGAAGCGCGAGGAGAACGCCGCGCUUCGGCACGACUAGCCGAAUUUACACGAAGACAAGCGCGUUUCCAAGGACCAAAGGAAUCAGACGGAUCUCAAAAGUAUGCGCUGGCAUCGGCAUCGGAAUUCUAACCACUUGUGGAUCCUGCCUCUAUUUCCUCGACAAGAGUGUUCUAGCCGUCGGGGAGGAACUCGAAGUUCCAAACUAUCCUUGGUCCUUCAAUGGCCUCCUCGCAUCUUUGGACCAUGCUGCUGUGCGCAGAGGAUGGCAGGUGUACAAAACAAUUUGCAGUACGUGUCACAGUUUACAGUACGUCAGUUAUCGAGACCUGGUGAAUGUGACGCAUACGGAGGAAGAAGCGAAGGCUCUUGCAGCGGAGGUCCAGGUCGAAGACGGUCCGGACGACGAGGGUAAUUACUUUAAAAGACCUGGAAAAUUAUCCGACAAAAUUCCACCACCAUUUCCAAAUGAACAAGCAUCUAGGGCUGCCAAUAACGGAGCCUAUCCAGCCGAUUUAACCUAUCUAGUGAAUGCUAGGAAAAACGGGAUAAAUUACAUUUUCUCGGUGCUGACUGGCUACAUGGAAGCACCGGCUGGAAUAGAAAUCAGAGAAGGGCAAUCCUUCAAUGCCUACUUUCCUGGAGGAUCCGUGACCAUGCCGCAAAUGGUCGUGGACGAUGCGGUACAAUAUGACGACGGUGUAAGGGCCUAUACGUCGCAGCAGGCAAAGGAUGUCGUCGAGUUCCUCGUGUGGACUUCGUCCAUUGAAUUUGAUACACGCAAAGUCAUGAUGCUCAAGGGUUGUGCUAUCUGCCUUUUUCUAUUCGCUAUUGCGUAUCACGUCAAAAGACAGAAGUGGGCCACAAUGAAGACCCGAAAAAUCGCAUACGUGCCAAAACAAAAAUACUAACUGUUAGCCAAGUAGAAUAGUCAUGAGAAGUAUAGGAUUCAUUGAAUUUAACGAAAAUUUUCCUUGACUCAUCAGUCAUGGCGCAUCUGGCGUUAUUCGUUGAUAAAAAGACGUACCAAGUCCCCAUCAAAAUAUAUCGGAUGCUUCGCAUUCGAUUGCAGUUUCGCAACGCGUCCUUGACGUUAUGCCCGAAGCGGACUAAAAAUAGCAUACGGCAACAAACAUUAACGACUCCUUUUAUUUGUCGUUAACUCCGAGAUGAUCGGUGGUUGGCUGAUCUAUUUCCGAGCGGCCAACCAGGCCGUUCAGAUACUUUUACAAUUUAUUUCGAUAUACCCCGU